UAAACAAGGGGGAGAGCGGCCGGUGUAACGUAUUAAUAAACAUGGAUCCCAAUGCUAGUUUCGACACAGAAGAAGUUGAACAUGAAUAUUCGAAUGCAUAUGACGGACCACAACCUUAUAAUUAUGAGCCUGCUAGACGUCCAAGAGACCAGGAGCAUCCAAGGAUUAGAAGAAAUAACGGCCAUCGGAGAGAAAUUGAGCUGUGGUGUGAGGAGAACCAGUGGAGAACUGGGCAGCUAUCUUGGUGCUUGUGUGGGGAAUGCCAGCCCAUGACCUCAGCUGUGGAGAGCAUGUGCUGCAGGGAGGUGGAGCCCUUCUGGGCCCUGGUGGAGAACCUCACCCCCAGACCAGACAUAACAUGCCUGACACUGCACCCAGGCUUUGAAGCAUGCUGUCUGAAUCCCUUUGUGCUACAGAUAGCCUACAUGAACUUCAGGCAGGAGCAUGGCCCGCUUCAGGCCAGCAGACAUGAGCAAUACCGCUACACAGCUUACAGGCAGGUCAUCCGCUGGGCCUAUGGAGUUCUAGGCAGGCACAUUAGGAAGCCCUUACCCUCAUGUGUUGUGUCUGCCAUCAGAAGACAGUUCCCAGAAGAAGGAGGAGGAAUUUACAAAGGUUUUGAGUGGCCUCAUUUUGGUGACGAUCAAUAAAAUUAAUCACAAUCAUAGUGUGUUCGCACUAUGUGUUCGCAUACAUAUGCAUUU